AUGGUUGCUGAACGAGAGAGUGGCCGAAUUAAAGAGGCCAACCAGAGGCGCGUUCUUGAUGAAGCGUCCCGAAAGCGAAGGGCUCGCAAAGCCCUCGAGGCUCUGGAGCAGGACAACUUCCACGACGACCCUCACGCUGACCUUGUUAUGAGCAAAAAGGUUCCCAAAUUCCAAGAAACGCUGGAGAACAAGAAAAAGAGGAGCAAGCGCACACAAGAGUGGUUCAAGAUGCGAUUCCGCAAAAAUUUUGCCCAGUUGCUGGAGGAAUCGAGAUGCUACCGCCCUGACCCUCCCAAUUAUCAAUCCGCACUUGCCCCUCCAUCUAAACUACCUGAACGGCAUUUCUGCGCCAUUUGUGGGUUCCCCAGCUCAUACACUUGUGUACAGUGCGGAGCAAGGUAUUGCUGUGUCAGGUGCUUAGGAACUCAUCAAGAUACACGCUGCCUCAAGUGGACAGCUUAACUUUAGACUUUCUAUUUAAAUAACAAUCCCUUGAUUAAAGUAAUUACAAGUAAGAAAAAAAAGAGGCAAAUAUUGUGAAUUAAAUGCUCUUGAUAUGAAAAUAAAGAUUGGAAACAAAGAAAAAAGUUAACAUCACUUCAUCUAGAAUUUAUU